GCGGCGGCGGCGGGGAGGCCGGGGCGGCGACGGGCACGGUUUUCUGUGGCGCGGCGGCCAUGGCCCGGCUGGCUGACUACUUCAUCGUGGUGGGCUUUGACCACGAGAAGACAGGGUCUGGUGAAGGUUUGGGGAAAAUAAUCCAGAGAUUUCCUCAGAAGGAUUGGGAAGAUACACCUUUUCCACAAGGAAUUGAAUUGUUUUGUCAACCUGGAGGAUGGCAGCUGUCCAAAGAGAGGAAGCAACCUACGUUCUUCAUGGUGGUUCUGACGGAUAUCGAUUCCGAGCGGCAUUAUUGUUCGUGCCUAACCUUCUACGAGGCCGAGAUCAACCUGCAGGGAUCGAAACACGAAGAAAUUGAAGGCGAAGAGGAGGUGUCGGGUUUAAUUCAGCCUGCAGAAGUAUUUGCUCCCAAAAGCCUUGUAUUGGUAUCCAGACUAGAUUAUCCAGACAUUUUUAGGGCUUGCCUGGGUUUGAUCUACACCGUCUAUGUGGACAGCCUGAGCGUCUCCUUGGAAAGUCUCAUCGCCAACCUCUGUGCCUGCCUCGUUCCAGCCUCUGGAGGCUCUCAGAAGUUAUUUUCCUUGGGAGCAGGAGAUAGACAGCUGAUCCAGACUCCUCUGUAUGAUAGCCUCCCUGUUACAGGCACCAGUGUGGCACUCCUCUUUCAACAGUUGGGAAUCCAGAAUGUCCUCAGCCUCUUCUGUGCAGUUCUUACAGAAAACAAGGUUCUGUUCCAUUCCGCAAGCUUCCAGAGACUUAGCGAUGCUUGCAGGGCGCUGGAGUCCUUAAUGUUUCCUCUUAAAUAUAGUUAUCCGUAUAUUCCCAUUCUCCCGGGCCAACUGUUGGAAGUUCUGAGUUCACCAACGCCAUUCAUCAUUGGAGUUCAUUCCAUAUUUCGUUCUGAUGUCCAUGAGCUUUUAGAUGUAAUUAUUGCCGAUCUGGAUGGAGGCACUAUCAAAAUUCCUGAAUGUAUUCACCUUUCUCCACUCCCGGAACCACUUCUGCAUCAGACUCAAACGGCCCUUUCUCUGAUUUUACACCCAGAUUUGGAAGUAGCAGAUUAUGCUUUUCCCCCUCCACGAACAGCUUUAUCUCACUCAAAAAUGCUGGAUAAAGAAGUACGGGCAGUUUUCCUCAGAUUGUUUGCCCAGCUUUUCCAAGGCUAUAGAUCAUGUUUGCAACUGAUCAGAAUUCAUGCGGAACCCGUCAUACACUUUCACAAGACGGCUUUCCUGGGACAGCGUGGCUUGAUUGAGAAUGAUUUCCUGACCAAAGUUCUCAAUGGAAUGGCAUUUGCUGGCUUUGUGUCAGAGAGAGGGCCUCCCUACAGGUCUUGUGAUCUCUUCGAUGAGCUGGUAGCCUUUGAAGUGGAGCGAAUUAAAGUGGACGACAGUAAUCCCCUGAAAAUGAUAAAGCACAUCAGAGAACUUGCAGAGCAGCUGUUCAGAAAUGAAAAUCCAAAUCCUCAUAUGGCAUUCCAGAAGGUUCCGCGGCCCACUGAGGGAUCACACUUGCGAGUACAUAUUCUUCCAUUUCCCAAAAUUAACGAGACUCGGGUUCAGGAGUUACUACAAGACGGAUUUGCCAAGAACCAAAUUACACCUCCUCCCUCUCGGGUGGAAAAGAAAUGUGUUGUGCCAGCUGGUCUCCCUGUUGUUUCCAUAAUGGAUAAAGUGACUACGGUUUUCAACAGUGCACAAAGGUUAGAAGUUGUUAGGAACUGCAUCUCAUUCAUAUUUGAAAACAAAGUUUUGGAGACCGAAAAGACCCUGCCAGCCGCCCUGAGAGCCCUCAAAGGAAAGGCAGCUCGACAGUGCUUAACCCAGGAGCUAGGGUUGCAUGUUCGGCAAAACCGGGCAAUAUUGGACCAUCAGCAGUUUGACUACAUAGUCAGGAUGAUGAACUGCACUUUACAGGAUUGUUCAAGUCUAGAAGAAUAUAACAUUGCUGCAGCCCUGCUACCUUUGACAAGUGCUUUCUAUAGGAAACUCGCCCCAGGAGUCAGUCAGUUUGCUUACACCUGUGUUCAGGAUCACCCCAUUUGGGCUAAUCAACAGUUUUGGGAGACAACAUUUUACAAUGAUGUGCAGAAUCAAGUUCGUUCCCUAUAUCUCUCAGCCAAGGAAGACAAUCACAAAGCACAGUUGAAGCAAAAGGAGAAAACUCCUUCAGGCCCAAACCAGGAGAAGUCUGCCAUGGAUCUGGCAGCCGAACAGUUGCAUCUGUGGCCAACCCUGAGCAAACAAACCCAGCAGGAGCUCGUUCAGAAUGAGGAAAGUACGGUCUUCAGCCAGGCAAUUCACUUUGCCAACCUCAUGGUGAAUCUGCUGGUGCCCAUGGACACCAGUAAAAAUAAACUGUUGAGAACAUCUGCCACCGCAGACUGGGAGAGUGGCAGCAACAGCAUCGUCACCAAUAGUAUUGCAGGAAGUGUCGCUGAGAGCUAUGAUACCGAAAGUGGCUUUGAGGACUCGGAAAACAACGAUAUCGCAAAUUCCGUGGUGCGUUUUAUUACCAGGUUUAUCGACAAGGUUUGUACAGAAAGUGGAGUUACUCAGGACCACAUCAAAAGUCUUCACUGCAUGAUACCAGGAAUUGUAGCUAUGCACAUUGAAACCCUUGAGGCAGUUCAUCGAGAGAGUAGGAGACUUCCCCCUAUACAGAAGCCCAAGAUCCUGAGACCCGCACUACUCCCAGGAGAAGAAAUUGUGUGCGAGGGUCUCCGGGUGCUUCUCGAUCCUGAUGGGAGAGAGGAUGCCACAGGAGGACUUCUUGGGGGCCCUCACAUUCUCCCCGCAGAAGGCGCUUUGUUCCUCACCACCUACAGAAUUAUUUUCAAAGGGACACCCCACGAUCAACUUGUUGGUGAGCACACUGUGAUGCGGAGCUUCCCCAUUGCAUCCAUCACCAAGGAAAAGAAGAUCACCAUUCAGAACCAAGUUCAACAGAACAUGCAGGAAGGAUUGCAGAUCACAUCUGCCUCUUUUCAGUUGAUCAAGGUAGCAUUUGAUGAAGAAGUGAGUCCUGAAGUGGUGGAGAUAUUUAAGAAGCAACUAAUGAAAUACCGAUAUCCUCAAUCCAUUUUCAGCACCUUUGCCUUUGCAGCUGGACAGACUGCCUCACAAAUCAUCUUACCCAAGCAAAAAGAAAAGAACACAUCUUUCCGUACCUUCUCCAAAACAAUUGUGAAAGGGGCCAAAAGAGCAGGAAAAAUGACUAUUGGCCGCCAGUAUUUGUUAAAGAAAAAGACGGGAACGAUUGUGGAAGAGAGAGGAAACCGGCCUGGAUGGAAUGAAGAUGAUGACAUCUCGGUUUCAGAUGACAGUGAACUCCCUACAAGUACUACUUUGAAGGCUUCAGAGAAGUCAACAAUGGAACAGCUAGUGGAGAGAGCCUGUUUCCGAGACUAUCAACGUUUAGGUCUGGGGACCAUUAGCGGGAGUUCUUCCCGCUCAAAAUCGGAAUACUUCCGGAUCACUGCCUCAAACCGAAUGUAUUCUCUCUGUCAGAGCUAUCCUGGGCUUUUGGUUGUUCCUCAAGCUGUGCAAGACAGCAGCUUACAAAGAGUCGCUCGUUGCUAUCGACAUAAUCGCCUACCAGUCGUCUGCUGGAAAAAUUCCAAAGCCAGCACUCUGCUGCUUCGAGCUGGGGGAUUCCAUGGAAAGGGAGUUGUUGGUCUUUUCAAAUCUCAAAACCAACACACAACAGUUCCUGCCUCCUCUUUAGAUUCAUCAAGUAGUAUAGAACAAGAAAAAUACCUACAAGCUUUACUGAAUGCAAUUUCUGUCCAUCAGAAAAUGAGCGGUAAUAACACCCUCACAGUCAGACCAGCAUUUGCUCUGUCUCCAGGCACUCAAAGAAGGGCUUCAAGAAUGUCCACUGUGCUUAAACAGAUAGUGCCAGAACAUUUGGAUGUAAAUCUAUCCAAUAGCUUUGCUCGAGGAGUGCUUGGGUACAGGGAUAAAUCCAUCACUCACUCAAAUCUCAAAUCGUCAGCUAAGGGAAGAGUCCAUAAUCCAGGUGUGUGGGCAAGUCUUCGUUCUAGCAAUCGUUUCAUCAGUUCUCAGACCUCAUUCGUUGAUGUUGGUGCAAGACUCGCAGGCAAGGAUCACACUGCCUCAUUCAGUAACAGUGCCUAUCUACAAAACCAACUCCUAAAGCGUCAAGCUGCCCUCUACAUAUUCGGUGAAAAGUCACAGCUACGGGGCUUCAAAUUGGAAUUUGCUUUAAAUUGUGAAUUUAUCCCUAUCGAAUUCAACGAUAUCCGGCAAGUGAAAGCCAGCUUUAAAAAGCUGAUGCGGGCCUGUGUCCCAAGCACCAUCCCUGCAGAUUCGGAAGUAACAUUCCUAAAAGCUCUUGGCGAAUCCGAGUGGUUCCCCCAGCUUCACAGGAUAAUGCAGUUGGCUGUGGUCGUUUCAGAAGUGCUUGAGAAUGGGUCUUCAGUUCUGGUGUGUUUGGAAGAUGGCUGGGAUAUCACUGCACAAAUAGUCUCACUCGUGCAGUUACUCAGUGAUCCAUUCUACAGGACCCUGGAAGGCUUCCGGAUGCUAGUGGAAAAAGAGUGGCUCUCUUUUGGCCAUAGAUUCAGUCAGCGAAGCAAUCUGACCCCUAACUGCCAGGGCAGUGGCUUCACUCCUAUUUUUUUACAGUUCUUGGACUGCGUGCACCAGAUUCAUAACCAGUAUCCAACAGAGUUUGAAUUUAAUCAGUAUUACCUCAAGUUCUUAGCUUUCCACUACGUUUCCAAUCGAUUUAAAACAUUUCUCCUGGACUCAGACUACGAAAGAUUAGAGCAUGGAACAUUAUUUGAAGAUAAAGGUGACAAACAUGCCAAAAAAGGAAUCUGUAUUUGGGAUUGUAUUGACAAGAUGCACAAAAGGAGCCCGAUCUUCUUUAAUUACCUGUAUGCCCCUACUGAAAUAGAGGCAUUAAAACCAAGUCUCAACAUGUCCAGCUUUAAAAAAUGGGAUUAUUACAUGGAAGAGACUCUGGCCACAGGGCCUUCUUAUGACUGGACAAUGUUGACUACAAAAUACAUUUCUCCUGAGGAAGUGGACCAAGGAAAUGGUGCUGUGCCACAGAGUAAAAGAAAAAUUGUCUGGCCUUGCUACGAUGACAUCAGCAGAGUGCAGCCUGAUGCGAUUACCAGCCUCUUCACCGAAAUUGAAAGAUUGGAGCAUAAAUUAAAUCAAGCCCCAGAAAAAUGGCAACUGCUGUGGGAAAGGAUAAAAGUGAACCUUAAGGAUGACACAAGACAAGACCACCCUCGGAGACAUCCCUCCAGCUCCUCGGGGAUUAUGUCUGCCAAUCUUCAUUCGUAUCAAAAGAGGUCCGUGCUGCACCUGCCGGACAGUGGGCUGGGAGAGGAGCAAAGUGCCAGCAUCUCCCCAUCUAACGGGGUGGACAGGAGGGCCACCACCCUCUACAACCAGUUUACGUCGAAGAACGAUGAGAACAGGUCUUUCGAGGGCACCCUUUACAAACGAGGAGCCUUGCUGAAGGGCUGGAAACCGCGUUGGUUUGUGUUGGACGUAACGAAACAUCAGCUGAGAUACUACGACUCCGGCGAGGAUACCAGCUGCAAGGGCCACAUCGAUCUAGCAGAAGUAGAGACGGUCAUUCCAGCCACCCCCACUAUCGGAGCCCCAAAGCACGCCAGUGACAAAGCCUUUUUUGAUCUCAAGACCAGCAAACGGGUGUACAACUUCUGUGCUCAGGACACCCAGAGUGCCCAGCAGUGGAUGGACAGAAUUCAGAGCUGUAUUUUGGACGCCUGAGGCGGAAGGAACAGUUCUUCCAUAGGAAUCUCCAGAAGGGCCUCCCGGUGAAGGCCGUCUGCGAGACUUGACGAAAUCCCGUCAAAAGAACAAGUAGCUUUUGCUUUCAUUGUGAACAGUCUGCCCUCUCCGCCCCGUUGAGCUAGCUAAUCCGUCUCAGUUGCCCUACUUCAACAGGAACCUUCUUGGCAGCCCCCCUCACCCGCCAACAACCCAGCCUCGUCGGAAGGAACUGCCUCGUGUUGCACUGAACUCUGCCGGGAUCAUGGCUUUGCAGUCCCCCAUUCCCCGGGGAGAAGGGCUUUGCCUCUCCUCACCCCCAUCCCCACAACUCUCUCUCCCCAGGGGAGCCUUGGGGUCUCCCUCUCUUGCGUCUUCUGGCUAAAUGUUUGAGCAGUGCUCCGUCUGGCGCACGUUUCCACGCAGGAAGACACGAUCCCACAGGCUUUGCCACUUCAGAAUCAAAAUGCAUUUCUCAGUGGCGACGGCCCUUUUUGAACAGCCACGAGCCCAAACACGGAGCCGGCGCUCGGGGAGGGGGAACGCAUUUGGGUCUCCGGGGCCCCGGCCGAGGCCGCAAGACGGGGACAUCGGAUCCCCCGGUUGUGGCUAAACACGGGGGCAGGGGAGAAAAACAGUUUUAGGCGGCCCGGGGAGUCCAGCCAUCCGGUUUCAGACAAUGGCGGAAAGAGGAAAAUUUUACCUGUAAAAUGUAGGACGAGUCCAGUGUCGGGGGGAAAAAAGAAAUCCAAUUUUUACCUGUAAAAUGUAGGACGAGUCCAGUGUCGGGGGGAAAAAAGAAAUCCAAUUUUUACCUGUAAGAUAUAGGACGAGUCCAAUGUCGGGGGAAAAAAAAAUCCAAUUUCAAACUGCCAGGACUCUUACGACAAGAUAGUUCCUUUGAAAGCCAUAUGGAUUCAUAUGCGCUCUCCCGCUCACUCUACAUUUUUUUUACGAGAAUAACGCAAUGAUCAAUGCACUAAACAAUAAAGCAAGCACUUGCACUGAAAUCCUUAAAACGCAGACAUUUUGAAGGACCGAGCUCGGUUAGUUUUAACUGAGAACCGUUGCUAAAUAACAGGAUUGACAGCUAUUAAAAAUGUACAUCGGUUUCAGCGUGCUGUGAUUUGAUACUUCGGACGUUUUUUGCACAUAAAAUUGUAAAAACAUUUUUAGAUUUUUACAUUUGAUAACCCAGCGUUUGGGCAACUUAAAUGCUAAAAAAGUGUUGGUUAUUAAACCGGAAUUAACAGGGGCUUGCUCCUGCUGUGGCCUGUGGUGAAAUUGACUGGAGUCGUGAGGUAGCUAUAUCAUUGCUUUUCGUUUUUGAAAUGUUAAUAUGUUAAAUAUUGGACUAAUAUUUCAAAGAAUUUGUAUAUAUGAUCCAGUAUGUCUGGUGGGGUUUUUUUUUAGACAUCCUGCUUGUUAUUUAAUAUAAAACUAACCAGACUGAUUCAUUUCUAGGAUUUUGGUUAUUAAAUGGUUAUGCCCUCUAAAAAAAAAACCACUCUUUUUGAACUAAAGAAUAAAAUGAAAUUUCCAACUGUAUACAUAAUAGGAAAAAUAGCUGUUGGUCUGUAUGAAAUUUGGGAGAAAAACAGCAGUCAUGAAGGACUUUUUAGCAUUUUCAAUUUAUAAAUUUCCACCUGUGAAAAUGUAUUUUGCACAUUAUUUGUAUUUUCUUUGUAUAUGAAGUACUUUUAUUGUACUUUGUAAAAUAGCGAUCCCAUUUCAUAGAUGAUUUGAGAAUGUACACACCACUCCUAUUUUGUAACUAGGUUAUUUUAACUAUUAUGUAGAUGUGACAUUGACCUGUGUAUUCUAACCACCUUGUAAUAACUAUACUUCUUAAGAAAAACAUCCCUCAUUUACUGUGAAAUAAAAUGCAUUCCACAGUACGCUGCA